AUGAGCACGAUAGACUAUGCCCUACUCAACACGGGUCUUGAGAAGCAACUCAGCGUGUUGGAUAAAGCCGUGGGCCGCAUCGAUCUACAGCUGAACAAGGGUGCCAUGAACGUCAGUUCACUCUCGGCAACACCCCAGCGUCUGGGGUCGUCUGGGGGGAUUGUGGUUGUGUCAUCGGAUAGCUCAACGAAAACCGUCUUCACAGUGACCCCAGUGUCCAGUGAUACAAAUGAGUCCGUCGUCCGAAUAAAGACGGACGACGGCGUGAAAUUUGCGACCAAGGAUUCUAACCAGACGUUUGUACCAGACGAUAUUACGGGUGGUGUCGUUGUGGACAAAUUCCGGUUCAGGAUUGUGACCAGUGGAAGUGGUCUGAACGCCUUUAUCGCCAACAACACGGUUGCAACAGAAGAGGUAGUAGAGGAAGAGGUUGUUGAGGAGGAGGAGGACGACGAGGGUGUCAGUGGCGAAGUGGUGGAAGCAAUUGCAGUUGCCUCAGUGGAGGAAGAAGAGGAGCCAGAGACAAACUGGCUUCUUAUUGGGGGUGUUGGAGUUGCUGUGUUGGUCGUAUUGGGUGUAGUAGCCUUUAUGGUCAUGGAUAAUAAGAAGAAUAAACGGUACUCAUUUUAA